GCGAAGCGGGGGUGGGCCCUGCGCGUAAUGGCUGUGCCGUGUCCUCGCGUCCAUCUUUACCGCUCUCUUGGACCUGUCACAAAGGAGUCGCGCCGUUGUCGCUGUUCCCUCCCUCCGGUGGGCCCGGGAGCUAGUGGAAGUCAGUGCCACAGCCCAACCUCGCUGCUCUGGGAAGGCCUUGGGGGACGUGGCCGGGGAGGGAGCCUACAGGCUAGGGACGUCUGUGAGGGAAGGGAGCAGCCGCUAGAGCCUGGGUCGGAGAGAGCGGACUGGGGCCGCGGCCAGCUCCGGGCAGGGGUCUGGGAGAGGGUGGCGCUUGGCAGAGCCUGGGAAGCAGCCGGCACGUUCUCCGCCGAGGCCCGCGCUGGAGGCGCCUGAAGCGGUUCCUGGAAGAGGGUGUUUCCCUUUGGGGGGAUCUUGCCUGGAGGAGGUCCUGGGGUCACCCUUCCGACGAGACUGCGGCUAAGCGGGCCCAGAACUGCCAGUGCAUGGCCAGCAUUCCUGGUGGUUGAUAAUGUUGGAAGUCAGCUGUCCGACCUUCUCCAGCACGCAGUUGUUAGAAAUGAAUAGAAUGCGAGCUCAACUCCACAUCAUGGAAACAGUACCUGGGAAACUGAAAACUAUCUAAAUGAUUGUCUUUGGUUGGGCUGUGUUCUUAGCAAGCAGAAGCCUUGGCCAGGGUCUGCUGUUGACUCUUGAGGAGCACAUAGCCCACCUGUUGGGGACUACAGGUGCCACUACUACUAUGGGUAAUUCCUGUAUCUGCCGAGAUGACAGUGGAGCAGAAGACAGUGUUGACACCCACCAGCAGCAGGCUGAAAACAGUGCAGUCCCUACUGCUGACAUUAGGAGCCAACCUCGGGACCCUGUUCGGCCUCCAAGGAGAGGCCGAGGACCACAUGAACCAAGGAGAAAGAAACAAAAUGUGGAUGGGUUAGUGCUGGAUACACUGGCGGUAAUACGGACUCUUGUAGAUAAUGAUCAGGAACCUCCCUACUCAAUGAUUACAUUACAUGAAAUGGCAGAAACAGAUGAAGGAUGGUUGGAUGUUGUCCAGUCUUUAAUUAGAGUUAUUCCAUUGGAAGAUCCAUUGGGACCAGCUGUUAUAACCUUGUUACUAGACGAAUGUCCAUUGCCCACUAAAGAUGCACUCCAGAAAUUGACUGAAAUUCUCAAUUUAAAUGGAGAAGUAGCAUGCCAGGACUCAGGCCACCCUGCCAAACAUAGGAACACGUCUGCAGUCCUUGGCUGCUUGGCUGAGAAACUAGCAGGUCCUGCAAGCAUAGGUUUACUUAGCCCAGGAAUACUGGAAUAUUUGUUACAGUGUCUGAAGUUACACUCCCACCCUACAGUCAUGCUUUUUGCACUGAUUGCACUGGAAAAGUUUGCCCAGACAAGUGAAAAUAAAUUGACUAUCUCUGAAUCCAGUAUUAGUGACCGACUGGUCACCUUGGAGUUGUGGGCUGAUGAUCCUGAUUAUCUGAAACGUCAAGUUGGCUUCUGUGCCCAGUGGAGCUUAGACAAUCUCUUUUUAAAAGAAGGUAGACAACUAACCUACGAGAAAGUGGACUUGAGAAACAUCAGGGCCAUGCUGAACAGCAAUGAUGUCAGCGAGUACUUGAAGAUCUCACCUCACGGCUUGGAGGCUCGCUGUGAUGCCUCCUCCUUUGAGAGUGUCCGCUGCACUUUUUGUGUGGACACUGGGGUGUGGUACUACGAAGUAACGGUGAUCACUUCUGGUGUCAUGCAGAUUGGCUGGGCUACUCGAGACAGCAAGUUUCUAAACCACGAAGGAUACGGCAUUGGGGACGAUGAGUAUUCCUGUGCCUAUGAUGGCUGCCGGCAGCUGAUUUGGUACAAUGCCAGAAGCAAGCCUCAUUUGCACCCGUGCUGGAAGGAAGGCGACACAGUAGGGUUUCUGUUAGACUUGAAUGAAAAGCAAAUGAUCUUCUUUCUAAAUGGCAACCAGCUGCCUCCUGAGAAGCAAGUCUUUUCAUCCACCGUAUCUGGAUUUUUUGCUGCAGCUAGUUUCAUGUCAUAUCAACAAUGUGAGUUCAAUUUUGGAGCAAAACCAUUCAAAUACCCACCAUCUAUGAAAUUUAGCACUUUUAAUGAUUACGCCUUCCUAACAGCUGAAGAAAAGAUCAUUUUGCCAAGGCACAGGCGCCUUGCUCUGCUGAAACAAGUCAGUAUUCGAGAGAACUGCUGUUCACUCUGUUGUGAUGAGGUAGCAGACACACAGCUGAAGCCGUGUGGACACAGCGACCUGUGCAUGGAUUGUGCCUUGCAACUGGAGACCUGCCCAUUGUGUCGUAAAGAAAUAGUGUCUAGAAUCAGACAGAUUUCUCAUAUUUCAUGACACAUGUGAAGAGAUACCAUGGACAUAUUUCUACUCGAUUCCAACAAUGUUGAAAUGGAAAGAAAAAAAAACACACGAACAUCUCUUACCAGUUGUACACACAUUGAAACUUAUAGCCAUGGCCAGAUUUUAUGCUAAAAUUGGUAGUUUGUCAAAGACAAAUUCUCUUAGAAUCUAAUCCAACUUGCCAGCCCUGAAUUUCUUUUGAGGCCUAGGAGGCCGGAUGUCAGCAGCUGGGCCUGUGGUACUUCCAUGAAAAACAGCAGGUGACAAGGGUCUCCUGAAUGCUGAAGCCACGCCGGAAUUCAUGUUGGGUUCAUUUGGUUGUUUACAUGAGGUGUUUGCGUCUUAGUCCACAAUUUUUAUUUUGGGGUGAAGUCAUUUUGGAGAAAUAAUUGACAGCGUGUCUGGGUUAAGCAUCAUUGAUCAGAGAAACCCUGGUGUGUUAAGCAUGGAUAUUGCACUGCAAGACUUGAAUCUAUAAACGUAGCAUCACACAGGUCAUUACUUCAAGCAACAUGGAGAUGCGGAAAGGUGCACAGACUGUAGGAAAAAACAAAACAAACAAGAAAAAAACCCAAAUUUGUUUUAUAUUUUAGUGAUCCCAAAGAACAUUCUAGUUUUUUUAAACUACAGAAAAUUGGUGAUAUUUUCACAUUCAUGGUGUUUCUAUCCAGUUUCAGUACCCACAUUUUGUGAGGAAAAAUGUUUUACCAAUGCAGGAGGAACUCUUAACCCAAUUGCAAUGUUAGACUGGAAAAAAUUUGGUAGUUAGUGUAUCUUUGAGGUACCAUCAAAUCAGGUUUUUUUUUAUUUUUAAAAAAUUUUUAAUCAGUAUUGUUUUUGGAAAUCAUAUACUUUGAAACGCUUGAAUUAAUAGUCUCUAGAGGACAGUCUGAGAACACAUACCCUGUUGUUUAAAUAAAUACAUGUUUUUGAGUAGCAAGUUCAAUCAUGAAUUGUUGACUCUGUCUUCAUCAAGUGUUUUUAUCCCUCUCAGGGUCUCUGGUGAAGGCCUCAAGAGCUUGCUUUUUUUUUUCUCUGAGAAAAUUGGAAGGUAGAAUUGUAAAUUUUUUAAGACUUAUUUCAUAAUGGUGUACCUCAGCAACUGCCUUUCAAUUUAUGCCAAGUCCUUACUGAGUUUAUACUUGAACAGUAGAUGUCUUCUAAGUUUUACGGUGUCUUAAAUUCACUGCACAUUCUUUUCCUUCCUUUUCCCUCUUUCUUGUUUGUAGUUCAUUAAACCUGUCCUACCACGGAGGUGACUGCCUUCCUGGCUGUACUUGCUGGGGUGCUGGAUUUUUCCAUGUCUCACUGGUCUUCCAUAAAUCCAAAUAUAUAUAAGUAUAUAUACAGAUAGAGUUACGUGUCCUCCUUCAGCUUGUGGUGAAUGCAGUAAUUUGCAUUGAAGAAUAAAGUAUCUGUUGCAUUUUUUACUCUAA